CGCUGUGUUUGGGAUAAUAUGGUAAUAUGCUCAUUGCUGAGGAGAGACACAGGCACACAUAAGCUGAAGAAUUAAAUAUCAUGGAUUCCAGUUUUGAUGGGCAAAGAUAUGAUCAGAGUAGCAAUGUUCGCAGCCGACCCUCUGAAGGUAGAACACGAAAGCAAAGAAAUUCACAGAAUACUAAAGAAAGUUCUUAUGGAGUAAGCAUCAGAGUACAAGGAAUAGAUGGGCAUCCAUAUAUAGUGCUAAAUAAUAAGGAUGGACACUUGAAAAGUAAUGUUUCUCCAACUGAACCUGAUUCCAUGUCUCUUGGCAGACCGUUCUAUAAUUCAAGUAACACUCAAUCCUCUGUAAGAAACCUUCACGAAGAUCCACCCUUUCCAGAAAACCCAUACGAGUCAUUUAAAUCUACUCCAAAACUGCAAUUUUGGGGUUCUGGUAGUGAGCAGACAGAAUUCAAGAAUGGUUCCUUACAAAGUUCAAGUUUGUUGAAUUUUGAAAGAAACCCUGAACUUUUGAAACCAUAUGACCCGGAAGAAAACUGUUUGAAUAUAGAGAAUAAUGAGUUAAUUAUAAAACAUCAAAGCACAUACCAUAUAGAGGAGAAACCCAAAAAAGACUCCAGUAAUUUGAUUUCUUCAUAUAAAUGGCAAGCCACUAAAAAUACAAACACAAAAUCUCUUGAUUCAUUGAGACUUGAUAACAAAGAAUUAUCAUUAUCUUCAUCUACAAAGGAGGAAAACCAAAACAAGGUCCCACCAGCUAAUGUAAGUGUUGUAAGUAGCCCAAGUGAAAAUAUAACUAAUGAAUCGUUUUCUACUAGCAGUGGAUCCCCACACAGCAGCUUUUCUAAUGCUCUUUCUGAACCCAGAAAGGCAAGGCCAGACGUUCUUCAAUUCAGAAGACAGGAUUCUGCAGGCCCAGUUCUUGAGGGGUCAAGGUCACGCAGGUCCUCCUGUUCCUCAACUGCAACCUCAUCUCAUUCAUUGCAAAGGUUUUUGCUGGAGGAGCAAGAAGAUGCACUGUACGCGGAUAAUGUUAACCGCCAUCAAAAUAGACGGUACAUUCCGUUUGUGCCUGGCACUGGCCGAGAUAUUGAUACUGGGUGCAUUCCUGCAGUGGAUGAACUGAUAGAGAAAUUUGAUUCCAACACCCCUGCACAAAGAAGAGGCCGAUCAGCCAGAAGAAAUAGAAUUCAUCCAGAUGACCGUAAAAGAUCUAGAAGUGUUGAUAGUGCUUUACCUUUUGGUCUUCAAGGCAAUUCAGAUUACUUAAAUGAGUUCAGUAAGAAUUUGGGGAAAUCAAAUGAACACUUAUUGAGACCCUCUCAGUUUUUCCUACAGAAGUCACAUACUCACAGCUAUAAACUACCCUUCAGAAGACAGAACACCACCAGUAGUCUUCCUGCCCAGUCUUCUAUUCAAGAUAGUGUUCAGAAGAAUAGCUUUGGUUCUUUACAGUAUCACAGAGAGAAACCCAAUAGCGAGCCUUUGCAGCUGGAUGAAACGGAUAGCGCGUCGGUCUUGUCCACAUUACAGAACGGAAACCAAGAAAAUGGUGACAUCAAAUGCAUGACCUCUUCAGUAAAGCUACUAAAUCACAUUUCUGCAUCAUCAGAAUCUAGAGCAAAGAAGGGUUCUAUUAAAAUACAGUCUUCAUCACAAAGUGCACAGGUGACCCCUGAUUUAUUGAAAGGCCAGCAACAACUUGCUCAACAAACCAAUGAGGAAACUGCAAAACAGAUACUUUAUAAUUAUUUGAAAGACGGGAGUCCUGAUAAUGAUGAUGCAACAAAACGAAAAGUCAACCUGGUAUUUGAAAAAAUUCAAACCUUAAAAUCAAGAGCAUCCAGCACAUCGCAAGCUUCUGAUCCUUCAUUAGACGUUAAAACUUUGUCUGAACAGAAACUUGAACUGGAAAAGAAACUCGUUGUUCUUCAGAAGAAGCUUGAUGAGCAGAUGAAGAAUCAGGAUAACCACUAUGAAGAGAAAUCUAAGACCAGAGCAAACAUGAAGGAUGUUCAAGAACAACUUGAAAAGAAUAUGGAAGAAAACAUUGUCCUCCGGGAGAAACUUGGCCAGAGCGAGAAGGAAUUAAGAAAGCAUCUUGAAGAAUUGUUUGAACUGAAAAUGGAGCAAGAGCAGUAUCAAACGGAGAUAAGGGACCUGCAGGAACAGCUGUCAGAAAUGCAUGAUGAACUGGACAAUGCCAAGAGCUCUGUGGUCGACGAUGGUGAGAGAGAAGAAUUGAUAGACGAGCUGAUUCAAAUGAAACAAGGUGUCCACGAGUUACUGAUUGCUAAAGAAGAGCAAGAAGACCUCUUAAGAAAGCGAGAACGUGAGCUCACUGCCUUAAAGGGAGCUUUAAAGGACGAGGUAUCCACCCAUGAUCAAGAGAUUGAUAAACUCAAAGACCAGUAUGAUAAAGAACUUAAGAAGCUACGUGAUAGUCUGGAAGAAGCUGUUGAGAGUACAAAGGAUAUUACUGUACAGAAGAGUGAAGCCAAUCGAAUAAAAACUGAAUGUGAAAAAAGAGUGAAAGGAUUAUUGGAGGAGAACGAAGAGCUAAGAAGGAAAAUACAGCAGCUUGAGGCCAAAAUAGCUGAAUAUCAUGCCGAGAUUAAGGAAUUAAAUGAAGACACAGACAGAACGAGAGAGAAAAUGAAGAAAUCAGAGAGAGAAAAACAGCAGCUGGCUGAAGCUUUGGAUAAAGCCAAUGAACGAGUGAAGGAGACAUUGCAAGUUUCGAGAAAGCUAGAAAAUCAACUGGAAGACAUGAAGAGAAGCCUCAAUAGAAUUACUCAUGAGCACCACCAAUUAUCUGAGAGAUUAAAAGAUGAGUCCAGCCAAAAAGAACAAUUAAGAAAUUUGAAGAAUGAGAUGGAAAAUGAACGUUGGCAACUUGACAAGACCAUUGAAAAAUUACAAAAGGAGAUUUCCGAAAAUGUUGCAUUUUCCAGAACAACUACAGUGGAUCUUCAGAAGCAGUUUGAUGAGUACAAAGACAAGCAUCGUAAGGACACAUCUGAAAUGCAAAGACAUUUAAAUGAUAAAACUCUGGAAGUGGAAAAGGCUUUGCAGAUGAUUAAAAAGCUACAAGAUGAGAUUCGGCACUUGGAAGAGAAUUUACAAGACCAACAGAGGGCUCACGAUGAGGCAUUAACCAAGAACCAUCUUCUUCAGCAAACCAUUAAAGACCUUCAGUAUGAACUGGACGCUAAAACGCACUUCAAAGAUGAUCGUAUUAGACAGAUUAAAUCCAUGGAGGACAAGAUGUUACAGCUUGAAAUGGAACUUGAUGAAGAAAAGAACAAUUCAGACCUACUUUUGGAGCGAAUAACCAGGUGCAGGGAGCAGAUCGAGCAAACAAGGGGGGAGCUACUUCAAGAAAGAGCAACAAGGCAAGACCUCGAAUGUGAUAAAAUGUCUUUGGAGAGACAGAACAAAGAUCUCAAGAGCAGAAUAGCUCAUCUGGAAAGUUCACAUAGAUCUAAUAAAGAAGGGCUUGUCGCUCAGAUGGAAGUAAGAAUAGCGGAAUUGGAGGAGCGCCUAGAAAAUGAAGAAAGAGAUCGGGCAAAUCUCCAACUUAGCAAUCGCAGGCUGGACAGGAAAGUGAAGGAGUUAAUGAUGCAAGUUGAUGAUGAACACCUCAGUCUAACAGAUCAAAAAGAUCAGCUAAGUUUAAGACUGAAAUCAAUGAAGAGGCAAGUUCAAGAAGCUGAAGAGGAAAUAGACAGGCUAGAAAGUGCCAAAAAGAAGAUUCAAAGGGAUUUGGAAGAGCAAGUGGAUCUAAAUGACCAACUGCAAAGUCAACUGAAUGCUGCAAAGAAGGAGCUGAGCAGGCGCAAGAGUUCUUCCAACAAAAUCUUGAAUGAACUUGAAGAUGAUGACGAUGACAUCAGCACUGAUGGAGAUAGCCUUUACGAUGCUGCCUCUCCAUAUAGAUUAUCUAGGGACGAGGUCUUAGCGUCAUAACGAAACCCCUGUAAAUAUGCAGUACAUCUUAAAAGCUCUUCAUCUAUAAAGAAGCUGUCGCCAAAUGGCACCAAGCCACCGAGAACGAACAUUGUGACUGUUGUAUUGCAUAUAACCUGAAGCAAACAGACUCUAUAUUUUGCAAUUAUCAGAAUGUUUCUUUGUAAAUACUAUAAUUUUGAUAUAAAACAUAUAUAUUUCAAAUCAUUUCACAUAACUGUUACAAAUCAUGUCUUAUAUAUUUUUUUACUUUUAAAGGACGGCUUGACUGGGGUUGGCUACAUUUUAACUUCCCAGCUGCUGAAUAUCAAUCCUGGGUGGCGUGUUGGCAAGUCAGGUGUAUAGUCACAGGCUCGCCACCCAUGACACGGACAAUCCGCUGUUAUCAAAUGAUGGGAAAGAUAGCACUGUGAUGUAAAUAUUGGUAUGGAAUGAUUCCGUCACUGAAUUACUGUAAAAUCAAUAUGCAAGUCAUUCUCAUUACAUGUUUAUCCUGCCAUAUGAAAUGUUAUUUUUUUUCUAUUUCCUUGAAUAAAAUAACUUUUUAAUGUA